AAAAAUAAAAAAAAUUUAGCCGCCAAACCGAUCGGACGUGUGUCGCGCUUGUUCGCCUUUUCGAGAUUUCGCUUCUUGGCACGGUAAACAAACAAGAAAGUUUGCAAAACUGUGCUCCAAAACAGCAACAUCAACUAUUGGACUCCGCAGUGCCUGUUUCAUAAUUUGCAUGUCAAAUUUUAUUUUUCCACAAAACAACUGCACCAGCAGUUAUUGUACAAUUAUAAAGCAACUGCAAUAUCAACGAUCCGAGCUUUCAAUUUGGUUGGCGUGAAUGAAACCAUUAAAAGUUCGACGAAGAGAAGCCUAACUGCUUUGUACGAUCCCAACGAAUAACACUUCGACCAAUAUCCCACUCAGUCAAGGAAUUUCAAAAGAUCUUACUCUAAACAGUGACAAUAAAUAAAUUAGACCAAAUCGCUAAUGAAAUCGGACACCUCCAAAGACCCUGCCGCCCGAUGUGCGUGGGUGGUGGCGCAUCGCUUUUGAAUCGAAUUCGGAGCCACAGACAUGUUGAGCCAUUGACCAAAGGCCAAGAAACCCGCGUAGGAGUUCGCUGCCAUGUGAGCAGAGCUCAGUCGGCACACAGAAAACACAACGAAGAGCAAAAUUACAGACAAAAGUAGACGACAGUUAUCCAGAGGCAGGUUACAGUAGCACCACGCUCCAAAUGGAGGCCACUGAACAGGACGUCAUGCUGGAGGGCAACGAGGACCUCAUGUCCACAUCAGCCUCGUCCACAAAUGGCGGGGACACAAAUGGUUGCGGCAAAAAAUUGACCGUGACCUCGCCGGAUCCCACAUCGUACGUGACCAAGCAGCGAGUGACGCGGCCCACGCCGCCGGCUCCUUCGAAGAAUCCGAUGCAGUUCGUCCAGAUCAAGCCCUGCAACCUAUACCAGACCGCGCAGGAGCAGCUGAAGAAGGCCGAGGAGGUCAAGAAGCUGAAGGAGGUGAAGAAGGAAGAACCCGAGGAGUGGCAGAACAACCUUGACAAUUGGAAAUCAUCAAGGCGAAAACGUGUCGAGCACAUCAUCGAUCGUGCGGUGGAGACGAAGAAACUCGAGUUGGAGGAACAUGAUCGCAUACGGCGAAAAUCGAAGACAUUCACCGAAAUGAUGGAGGAGAGGGCUGAAAGGGGCGGACCUCGGGGGCGUGUCAAGCUGGCUUCCCUGGCCGUUUACAACGAGGAUGAGACGAACGAUCUGAGUGAUCUGGGGAUCGGAACCAGCAGCGCCAGUGGCAAGAGCAGCAUGUCCGAAGAUUAUGACAAUAAUAGUGUUAUGAGUGACCAUGCCGGCGAGCUGGACAAGGCGAUUGGCGCAGCUGGUUCUGGAGCAGGCGGAGUAGUCCCCCGAAACGUGGACGAGCAGCAGAAUCACAUCAACCGCAACGGCAGCAAUGGAAACCACGGGAACGGAGUGACCACUGCCCAGACGGGCCUCUCGAAUCCCUCCAAAGCAACCGGAAGGGAGUACGUUUCCUCACCAGGCUACGACACUUCGUCCAGUACGGCGCCCGCCAGCUCCCCGGACCCGUGUGAAUACACCUACGAGGGAGCCAUCCAGGACUACAAGCAGCGGGUCCAGCGGGCCAGCAGCAAUGGCAAUGGAAAUGCCAAUGGCAAGGACAUCGGAGAACCCAUAGCCUAUCCCACAAGGCGGGGAUCCAAGAUCGAGGAUCGCUUGAGCGGUUUUGAGGUGACCUCGCCCAGCGACACCCAAGAGGGUGUGGAGAAGCAAAAGGUGGACGUGCCCAAGGUGGACAUCUCGAAGCGCAAGGAGAUCUUUGAGCAGGCCAAGACUGAAGUCUCUAAUGGAGCUGCUCCCGCCGCGCCCAAACUAGUGCUUCGUGAUCGCUUAACCAACGGCAAUGCAGCUCCCACCGCCCCCAAGUCGGAUGUGAGACGUCUCUCCGGCGACAUCUCCAGCAUUCGGGACCGCAUGCAGAGCUUGGAGCAGCAGCGCAAGGCCUUCAACUCCAGCAAGAGUGUGGAUGUGCCGGUGCCGCCGCUCAAGCAGCGCCUGAACAGCCUGCAGCAGUCCGUUACCAAAGAGGAGCAGAAGAAGCCACCGCUGGUGGCCCUCAUCGAUGCCAGGCAACUGGAGAUCAUGAGGGGCGAGGAGGAACGCAUGCGCCAGCAACAGCAGCAGCAGCAGAAGGAGCACCAGAAGGAGCACCAGAAGGAGCACCAGAAGGAGCAGCAGCAUCAGCAGAAGGAGAAGCCUGUCCCACAAAAACAAACCACUGUGCCCGCUCCUGCGCCAGCACCACCAGCCCUUGUUAUAGAGGCACCACCGGUGCCAGCCACAAACGACGACAGCGGCAUUCAGGAGGACACCACCGACGAACUGCAGCAGCAGCAGCAGCAACUCAACGCGGCCAUCGCCGCCUUGGCCCUCGAGGAGCGCCAGUUGGAGGAGGCAGCCAACGCGGUCAACCAGAUCGAGGCAGAGUUCGAUGAGCUGACCGAUCUGAAUCCCUCGCCAUUGCCACCGUCGCCGGCCCACCCCUCGGUCCUGCCAGCCAUCCAACCACUGGCAGCUGCUCCAGUUGCAGCUCAAGCGGCCAAUCAGGCGGCUGCUCCUCCAUUGCGGGACAUGGAAUUUAGUAUCAACGAAGCUCUUGAAUUGGCGCUGCAAGCAAUCGAUCGCGAGGCGACCACCAAGCCAAUGGACAAGAAGGCACAACAUCCGCCGAAGCAGGAGGAGAUUGAACAGCAGGAGGAGUUGGCUGCUCAGCCAAAGGAGGAGGAGGAGGAGGAGGAGGAGGAGGAGAAGGAGCCAACCCAGGAGGAAGAGCAGAAGGAGGAGGAGGAAUCACACACCGGGGGUGGGGAAAUGCCAAAUAAAACCGAUGAGCAGAAGCAGGGGGAACGAGAGCCCAUCUACGAGAAUGUCAGCUCGACCAUAUCUAUGCAUGAAGUAGAUAAUGAACAGAUAGCAACGAUGACGAUAACCACACAGACACAGACGCAGGCGACGCGGAGGAGUCACCGGAGAAGCAUUCCAAAUAAGCAAACCAGCAACAAUAACGAGAAUAAUCAAAGCCCUAGCCCUAAUCAAACCAACAGCAGCAGCACCAGCAGCAGCAGCAAUCAAACAGAGAACAGCACACCAGCAACAGCAACAGCAGCAGCAACAGCAACAACAGCAGCAACAGCAACAGCAGCAACCCAUGUGCCACCAGCAGCAACUGGGGAUGCGGAGCCCUACUACCAGGUGCCCAAGGCCAUGGAGCCCUACUACGAUGCGCCCAAGCAUCUGCGACCAGUGCCCGUGUACGAGAACAUCGAGAUCUUCUACUCGGGCCUGGAGAUCAGUCAGGGAUCGGCCGGAGCGCCGCCGGGCGUGAUGGAGCCGCCCAAGGAGAAGCCACCGCCACCGCCCACCGAAAGUCCGCCGCCGAUUCCGUUGGACGAGGGCCACGACGACGAGCUGGACGGACUGGGCAGCAGUCUGGGCCACCACACCGACACGUGGUCGUCGGACAACACCUACGAGACCAUCUCGAACGGCACGCGCCGCCACCUGCAGGCACCGCUGGAGCCCGCCCAGCCCUCGCCGCCCAUCAAGCGCAUGAACUCAACGAAGCGCAUCAAGAAGGAGCUGCGCAACAAGCGCUCCAGCUUCCUGGGCAUCGAGACCGACGGCGACCUCGACGACAUGGAGACCUACCUGGAGCUCACUGUGGCCCCGCCGCCGGACAUGGCCCAGCUGCUGCAGGAGGAGCGGCGCCUCGAGAAGCAGCUGUACAUCAAGGCGGGACUCUGCGACAGCUCCGACACAGGGGAAAGUCGCGACAGUGGUGUUUCCGAGAACCACUCUCGCCAGAGCAGUGAGCACUAUACGAACUCCUCCGAGGAGAACGACACCCAGUCGGAGGCCACGCCCCCGCCGCUGCCCCCGCCCCCGUCGAGCGCCCAGCUGGGCGAAGUCAUCUACCAGAACGAGAGCCUGCUGGCUGCCCAGACCCCGCUCCUGCAGACGGUCAAGGGCAACUCGGCCGAGUCCUGGACAGAGUCGGCGACAGCGGCGGCGGCGGCCACCCAAUCGCUGAGCGAAGCCACUGCGACGGCCAAUGCCAAGAUGCAAUCCAUCGAGGACAAGAUCCGGGAGCAGGGCGAGGUCUUGCGGGUGGAGCGGGAGCUGCUGCACUUUUCGCAGGAGGAACUGAAGCGCCAGCGCGAGAACCUGCUGCUCCGUGAGAAUCUGGCGCGGCGGGAGCUGCAGCACGGCGCGAAGAUGCUGAUGUCGAACAACAGGCGCUCGCUGCAGGAUCUGCACCACGGCCUGGGCAUCGGCAACGGAAUGCUGAGUGCCUUCCAGCCGCCACAGCACCACCAGCCACCGAUGCCGCCGCCGCAUCCGCAGCAGAUCUACGCCAAUGUGCCGCAACAGCAGCAACAGCAGCAACAGCAGCAACAGCAGCAGCAGCAGGCGGCGCUGUACGCAUAUCACCAGAUGGACACGGACUACCGCAAGUCCAUGUCGGACCUGAACGAGUUCUCCAACCGCCUGAUGCUGCCGCCGACGCCCCCCACAAAGCCACUGCGGGCGAUGCAGCUGGCCGCCAACGGGCAUGGCCUGGAGCCGGACUACGCGGUCAGCACGCGGCAGCGCCAGCCGUCGAUUCCGUACGGCGGCUCCCUGGUGAAGAUCGCCGGCGCCCCAAUGCCGCCGCGGCUCUCCGGCCCGGGCUAUCCCGUCCAGGCGUCGGCAGCGGCCGCCUAUCAUCACCAGUCGGCCCAAAACCUGAGCAACAUGUCCCGCAACACCCUGCUCGCCCUGAGCGCCACCCCCAAGCCCAAGUACACGGACGGCUGGGUGCAGGUGCAGCAGCGGAAGAGCUACGAGAGCCACCAGGCCAGCGACCCGGCCUGGCUGUCCGCCCAGCAGCAGAAGCGCAAGUCCAUGCCGGACUACGGCGGGGCCCUCUACAACAACAACCAUUGGGUGCUGCAGGAGGCGGAGCAGCGGCGCAUCGAGCAGCUCAACCGGCGCUCGAUGCCGGCCAGCAAGUCGAUGGGCAAGCCGCUGCCCGACUCCAUCAUCCAGACGCUGACGGAACGGGUCCAGAGCAAGGGCAUCGGCGAACGAAAGCGCUUCGAUGGCAACGGCAACUACAGCCAGGUCAACGGCAACACCAAUCUCUACCAGCAGCCACAGCAGCAGACGCAGCAGCAACAGCAGCAGAAGACCAGCAUCACCAACGGCAGCAACACCAACACCAACACCAACAUCAACGGCAACAGCAACAGCAGUCAGGAGAAGGUGCUCAGCGUCAGUGGCAAGAAGAAGUGCUCCCAUUGCGGCGACGAACUAGGUCGCGGCGCUGCCAUGAUCAUCGAGUCGCUGCUGCUGUUCUACCACAUCAACUGCUUCAAGUGCUGCGUCUGCCACGUCCAGUUGGGAGAUGGCCUCAACGGCACCGAUGUCCGGGUGCGGAACCACAAGCUGCACUGCCAGAACUGCUACUCCAGCGACGACGGCAUCAAGUUCAGCUGCGUCUAACUGAGCCGUUGACUGGGAAACGGAAGUCAAUUCGAAGAUGGAACUGGGGGUUGUUGUUGUUCUUGUUGCUUUUGCAACAUUGAUUGUUGUUGUUGUACUAAUAAUACAUAGAUACUAACUACUGACAUAGCUCGUAUGUUUACAUAUGCAUAUACACUACAUUUAUCCAUGUUGAGAACAAAGUCAAAAGCAAAACGUUUCAGAUUAGUGUUAAUCGCUUCUAUAUAAGUACGAAAUUUUUUGAAUGUCUGCAUUGCUUUUUGACUCAGAUUUUAACUUUUUAUAAACGAUAUUCUACGUGUUUGAAAAUCCGACGUUAUAUAUACACACAUAUAUGUUUGAAAAGCCAAGCUCUCUAAAGUUUUAUGCCACGUCUAAGGAAAAAACGGUUAAAAUGUGUAUUGAAGAAUAUUAAACAAAAGAAUAUUGAACAAAUAGAAAGAAAAAAGUUCUGUGAACGUUGUUAAAAUUUUGAAAUUGUAUAUUGCCUACAUAUAUAUAUCCACAGACAAAUGAAAAUUGUACAUUCAUUUAACAAACAAUGCUGAUGUUUGCUCUUUUUGCUUCCGAGCAUUCGGUUACUUCUAAAUCUAACAUUUCUGUGUUUCUAUCUAUCCUACACGCCCCAGCCCACAUAAAAUACCUAAAGACGUAUCCAAUGUACCUAAAACUAUAUACAAAUACCCAUCCACACGCAACACACUAACAUAAGAACAUAUUAAAUACUACAUGAGAUGUGCAUAUAACGUGAAAGAUUUAAUUUCUAAUUGUCGUUAUUCUUAUUUAUUGUAAUUAAGCAUAAAAAUCAAAAACAUGUAUAUCAUAUACACUUCUUGAAUUUUAUGAUUAACUUUUAAACUUUAUCGGUAUAUGAAUAAUUUUUCUGUAAAAAUACAUCAAAGAAUCCAUUUGAAUUUCGCUUAGUUCUAUAAUAAAGUACUUCAAAGAAGAAAA